CGGAGGAGAUGCCUGGCCGGACCGAUGCAGACAUACCUGAAACAGGAGCCAUCUUCACAUUUGGGAAGAGCAGCUUUGCUAACGAUGUUCCCAGUCAGUUCUGGUUGAAAAAUGACCGUCCAGUGGAGAUAUGCGGUGGCAAAGAGCACAGUGCUGUGAUCACAGAAAAUGGGAGGUUGCUCAUGUUUGGUGGUAAUACUGGUGGCCAACUGGGACUGAAGAUAAAACCAGAUGCCAAAAAACCCACCUCUGUGAAAGCAUUGAAGCCUGAAAAGGUGAAGCUUGUGGCCUGUGGGAGAGAUCACUCACUUGUCUGCACAUUUUCAGUUCAGCACUGCGUCUGUGGGGCUGGCAGGAACCAGAAGGGACAGCUCGGCUUGGGCCACAGGGAGAACACCAAAUCCUUUCAGCUGCUGCGUCCGUUUUGUGAGUCGGCACCGGUCAAAAUGCUCGCUGCUGGCAGCAGCACUUCAGCUGCCUUAACAGAGGAAGGGAGGCUGUUCAUGUGGGGAGACAACUCCGUGGGUCAAAUCGGUUUAGGGGACAAGGCGUUUGCAGCAGAACCUAGAGAGCUGAAUGUGGGGCAGGCGGUGAUGUGGGUAUCUUGUGGGCAUCGCCACUCAGCGUUUGUGACAGCGCACGGUGGACUUUACACCUUUGGUGAAAGUGCAAAUGGACGACUCGGGGUCCAGGUGGGGCAGCUGGCUAAUCACAGAGUCCCCCAGCAAGUGCAAGGCAUUAUGGGAAGUGUCAUUCAGGUGUGCUGUGGAGGGGAGCACACUGUGGCACUAACAGAGGAGGAUGUGUACACGUUUGGCAGAGGUCAGUACGGUCAGCUGGGCCACGGGACGUUUGAGUUUGAACUUCAUUUGCCAAAACCACUGGAGCGCUUCCACAACAGCAGCGCCAGACGAAUCGCCUGCGGAGAAAACCACACUGCUGUGAUUACAAAUGCUGGACUGCUCUACACAUUUGGUGAUGGCCGUUAUGGAAAACUGGGGUUACAGCAGGAGAACUUCAUCAACCAGUUCAGCCCAACACUGUGCACCCGUUUCCUGAAGUACAGCGUGCAAUCAGUGUCCUGCGGUGGUCACCACACUCUGGUUCUGGCUGUCCCCAGACCAGCAGCACAGAGUCAGGGCGUAGAGUCACAGAAGGAUGCCGCAAUUACAGACUUCUUCUGGGAGUCAGACGACCCUGAAAACCUCUUCAAAGACUCUCCGAUGGACCCAGCUGCAGUCGUCCCUCUCUCAGCGCUAGCCGCUCGGGCUCGCCACAGAAAAAAAAAAAGCUUUGUGGAGCUGUUUGGAGAGUUGCCUCAGACUCCCCCUCGUCCUAAUUCUGGCUUCCUCAGCACCUCCUGGCAGACAUCCAGAAAUAUCCCAAACCUGAAGCAGCUUCUAAAGGAUGCUCCCACCCCCACCUCCUCCCCCAAAGCGGCACCAGCAAGCCCGCUUUUAUCCCCCAGAUCUCAGUCCGAAACCAGAACUGGGAGAGUUCAAAUUGCCAAAGAGCUAGAGGUUCGUGGAGACCAGAAGAGUGGCCAAAGCUCGCCCAAAGACCUCAAAGCAGAGGCUCUGACAGGCUCCAACUCCAGAAAGGAAGAAGAGUUGUCACUGAAAAGCAGGAAGAGAAAAGCACGAGUCACAUCUCAAGACCGUCAAAGCAUCAAAAACGGUGACAAGGAUGGGUUAAAAUAUGCAAAAAGCACAACAGGUGAAACUGAAGGCAGAACGUCAGAAAAACAGAAUUUACUUGAAGAGAAGAAGAAAAAGAAGGAAGAAGAACCUAAAGUUAGACAGAGAAAAAGAGGGAAAGAAGACGGUGCUGAUGUGGACUCGGAAGGUAACAGCAAAGCCAAACCCAGGAUUAAAACAACCGAGGCUCCCAGCCAGACCUCUUCACAUCAUGAAGAGGCUUCUGAAGUCUCAAGCAGUGCAGUUUCCUCACAAAGCCCCACAAGAGCCAGGGCGCUUUCUGUCAGCAGAGCUAAAUCCUUGCAAUCCUCUGACCGUCCCGCCGCGGAAACACUUGCACCUGAAACUCAAAGGAAAGAGAACGAAGACCUGCAGGAAGGAAAACAGACGUGGGGAGAGAUUUUGAGCGACGCGGCAUUUCUUCUACCUGCUGCGGGGGUCGCAGGUGCAGCUAUCGGCCUCCUGAGCGAGGCAGUGACUCAUGUGGAGGCUUUCCGGGCCGACAGCGACAGAGCUGCCUCUCCAGAACCUGAAACACCGAAAGUCAAACAGUUCGCAAAGCAGAGUGCAAUUAUGCACCCGUCCUUCUCUGCGAUGUUGCAUUCUGAUUCAGAGGAAAGGGACGACAGCACACAGAAGGAUGCUCAAAUGAGCAUCUUGUCAGAUUUAGGAAACGAUGCACAUGAGGAGGAAUUCAAUGAUCCUUCAGAGCAGGAACCGGCUGAGCAGAUCAGGAAGGAAGAAACUUUUGAAAAUAAAGAAGGAGAAGAAGAAGGCUCUGAAGAGGACGAUGAUUCCAAGAUGACUGAGACAAACACCGGUGAUGAAGAGCAAAAAGAAGAUGAAGAAGCGUUGGGAAGUGACGUGGAAAGCAAAAGCGAGGAUGAGGAAGGAGAAAGCAGCGAGGCUGCAGGGGAGAGUGAACCUGGAGACGAUGACGAUGAUGAGCAAGAUAGUGAGUCAGAAGGAGAGGAGAGCGAGGGAAAAACAAGCUCCAGCGUUCAGGAGGAAGGUGAAGAAAGUAACAAAAGUGACACAAAGGAUGCUGAAAGUGAGGAUGAGGAGAGCAGCAUGGAAACGGGUGAAGGAGUGAGUCACUCUGAGGCGAGUGAGGCAGCCGAGGAGGACGAAGGUGGAAGUGAAGAGCAAAGUGAUGAUGAGAGUAAAGGAGAGGAAGAUAGUGAGGUGAGUGAGGAUGAAGAAGAAAAAAGCGGUGAAGGAUCCAAGAGAGAGCAUAGUGAGAGUGAAGAAGAGGAGAAUGAGGAAGAAGAAGAGGAGGGCGCGGAGGGAAGUGACACGGCGGUGUCUGAGGAAGAAGAAAGCGAGGAACCGAGGCAGUCUGAUGAAGAGCAGGAAACUGAGAAAGAGGAGAGUGGAGGAGAGGGGGAAGAAGUCAGUGAGGAAGAGGAGGAGGAAGGAGAGCUUUCUUCGAGUGACGAAGAAGCUGAACAGGAGGCUACACAGGAUGAGGAGGAAGGAGAAGGGGAGAACACAGAGGAGGAAAAUGAGGAAGAGGAACAGGGGAGCACAGGGAAUGAGGAAGAUGAAGGAACGGAUGAAGAGAGCAAAAGUGAGGAGGAAGAGCAAAGCAUGGAAGAAGAUGAGGAAGGAGCAGAGGAAAGUAUCUCUGCUUCUGAGGAAGAGGAAGAAAGUGAAGAUGACCAUGAAGAAGAAGAGGAAGGAACAGAGGGAAGUAUCUCUGCUUCUGAGGAAGAGGAAGCAAGUGAGGAAAAAGGAAAGGAGAGUGAGGAAGAGGAAGAAAUAGAUGAGGAGGAGGAGGAAGAAGAAGAAGCAGAGGAAGAGGAGGAGGAAGAAGAUGGAAAUCAAGAACAAGAUGAAGAAGAGGAGGAAGAAGAAGAACAAACAGAAAAAGUUGAAGUAGAAGAGGAGGAGGAGGAGGAAGAACAAAUGGAAGAAGAUGAGGAAGAGGAGGAAGAAGAGGAGGAGGAAAAAGAAGAGGGUGAAGAAGAAGAAGAUGAGGAAGAAGUGCAAGAGACAGCAAAGAAACAGAAGAAGAGAGAGAAAUCAACAGGCUCAAAGGGGGCGGAGCCACCCAAACAGAGAGACACAGAGGAGAAGAAACCAGAAGAAUCCAAGCAGUUCUGGAACGAUGUUCUGCCUCAGUACCUGGACCUGCAAUGA